AUGAUAUCAAGAAAUAUAUAUAGAUCUAGUAUUAUACAAUGUUGCUACUUAUCGACUAAUAGUAUAUUAUUACAAUCCAAUACUCCUAUUCCAUCACAUUUAAACCAAGUUUCGUCAAAUUUAAGUGAACCAACAGAUUCUCACGGUAAAGAAAUUAUAUCUGGUGCUCCAAAAGAUUUAGUUACAAAUAGAGUAGUUAGAAUUUAUCAGGAAGCAAAACCCGCAACACAAUCUGGUCAUCAUAAUGGAGAUCAUUGGAAAUUAGAUUGGGAUGUAUUAGGUAAAGGUAAUAGAUGGGAAAAUGAUUUAAUUGGUUAUCAAUCUUCAUCAGAUUAUAUGCAAGGUACUAUAAUGAAAUUUGAUACAAAAGAACAAGCAAUUAAAUUUGCAAUAAAUCAAGGUUGGGACCAUUAUAUUCAAGAACCAAAAAAGAAACAUUUUAGAAAAAAAGAAUAUGCUGCUAAUUUCUUUCAUUCACCAGGUCCAUUAAAACAUAUUAGAACUAAGUAA